ACUUCGGCUUCCUCCUCCCACACGAUCGAUGUCUCAUAAACCUAGCCGUCACCACGUAAUUCUCCCCGCCUCCACUACGCCCAUACGUUCCACGCCGAGCUCUCUGAUCCUCUCCGUACUCCGGCAGCCCGUCGACGGCCCCAAUGGCGAGCCACCGCAACUCCCGCCUGAACGCAACCGAUGUCAUCGGGGAGUGCAUCGAUAAGCUCCACGAGAGGCGCCGCGCGGUGCGGGAGCAGGGCAUGGAUUCCCUCGUCGCCGCGCUCGAGGGCUUCGUCCCCGCCGACGACAUCGACCACCGCUACUUCACCGUCUUCGACCGCUGCUGCGCGUCCCUCCGCAAGGGCGGCGCCCCCGAGGCCGCGCUCGCCUACCGCGCCAUCGGCCUCCUCGCGCUCACCGCCGGCGACGCCACCGACGUCAACUGCUCCAAGGACAUCUACAACAAGGCUCUCCCCGUCGUACGCGUGACGCUGCAGGCGCCCUCCUCCGGCGUGGAGACCAUGGUGGCCGCCCUCGACUGCCUCGCCGCCGUCACACUCGGCGGCGCGCCACGCCCCUUGAACGCGACGUCGGCCAUGAGGGCCGCUACGGGCGUGAUCAGGCGCGCUGGAGACGACACUCCACCGGAGGUCGUGACCGCCGCUCUCUCCGCGUUCGCGCUGCUCCUCACCACCAUCGGCGACGGCGGCGUAGACCUGAAAAGUUAUACCUCUUCCUUUAAGGAGGCCAUGGUCCCGUUCCAGGACCUCGUGAAGCUGCUCGACUCUAACAACCCUUCCGUUGUGAUGGCCGCCGGAGAGCUGGUUGCUGUGUGCGCCGAGCUCAACUUGACCAAGCUCUACUCGCCGGAGGACAUGGAUGCGAUCGAGACGAAAGUGUUGGACCUCGCCACCGGUGCCAGCGGCGACAUGAUGCCCACAGAACAACUACAGGCUGAAUUUUUCCAGAAGAUCGCAGACAUCGUGUGUCAAGACGAGCGCCCACAGACGGAGGAAUCGAUUGCAGCGUCGUCGAGCAGCGGGCGCGGCGUGCUCAGGGAAUCGACGUGGGCGAGGCUGGUCCAGCUCAGUUUUCUCAAGAGGUUUCUCGGCAAGGGCUUCCGCAAACACUUCCAGGACAAUCCUCGGUUCCGGCCGGAGGAGGACACCAGCGUCGCCACUGACGAGGACGAUGAACCGACCGCCAAGAAGGCCUGGCGGCACGGAGGUGGGAAGGGGAAACAAUGGACCUCGGCCAUGAGGAGGGAUCGUGACAUCGUGUGGGAGAGCAAGAACCAGUAUCAUUAUUAGUCCUUUAAUUUGUUCAGUUCAGUUACACUACUUCUGUUGGUAGGUCAGCUA